UAUCCAAUCUGCGUUGAGGGUUUAGACCAGCUUCACAGCGAGUCAAAAGCUACUACCACCACCACAACCAGAAAUGUUACUCCAGUUGCAAUCAUCGCAUCACUUGAGUAUUUGCUAAAAAGUAACAUUUCAAACUUUUUCUUUGGUAGUUCGAGUUUGUUGAAGUAACUGCAUCAACAAACGAACUGCAGAUCAUUUUUAUUCGCGAAUAAUACAGGCAUACAGAAAACAUACAUUUUUUUUGUUUUUGUUUUUUCUGAUAUUUGUUCAUCUGUUCCUCAUAAAAACCAUGGAGUACACUUCCUCCCCGAAGCCACAGCUUUCCUCCAGGGCUAAUGCGUUUUCUAUUGCCGCACUCAUGUCAAGUGGGACAACGAAGGGUAAGGAAACCGAGGAGAACACCAUUAAACCGCUGGAACAAUUUGUAGAGAAGUCCUCUUGCGGUCAACCGCUGAGCGACCUGUCUACUUUGGACCCGCACCGUGACUUUAGCGGAAACCCGCCUGCAGCGUGCACGGAGCCCCUCAUCCCCACCACCCCGAGCGUGCCCAGCGAGGAGAUGGCCAAGAUCUUGUGCAGCCUCGAAACCAAGGAGCUCUGGGACAAAUUUCACGAGCUUGGCACUGAGAUGAUCAUCACCAAAUCCGGAAGGAGAAUGUUCCCCACCAUACGGGUGUCUUUCUCUGGAGUGGACCCGGAUGCCAAGUACAUCGUUUUGAUGGAUAUCGUUCCCGUGGACAACAAAAGGUACCGAUACGCCUACCACAGGUCAUCCUGGCUCGUGGCAGGGAAAGCGGAUCCCCCUCUGCCUGCAAGGAUAUAUGUGCACCCUGAUUCCCCAUUUACUGGCGAGCAGCUACUGAAACAAAUGGUAUCUUUUGAAAAAGUCAAACUGACGAACAAUGAGCUGGACCAGCAUGGGCAUAUUAUUUUAAACUCAAUGCACAAAUACCAGCCCCGGGUUCACAUCAUAAAAAAAAAAGAUCACACAGCAUCCCUGCUCAACCUGAAAUCUGAAGAAUUCAGGACUUUUAUCUUUACUGAGACCGUGUUCACAGCAGUCACAGCCUACCAAAACCAGCUUAUAACCAAGCUGAAAAUUGACAGCAACCCCUUUGCAAAAGGAUUCAGGGACUCCUCCAGACUCACUGACAUAGAGAGGGAAAGUGUUGAGAGUUUGAUCCACAAGCACUCUUACGCGCGGUCGCCAAUCCGGACUUACGCGGGGGAGGAUGAUGGUUUAGGAGAUGAGAGCCACACAAUGCACAGCAGAGGUUCGGCUUUCACUGCAUCAGAUAACCUGUCCCUGAGCUCCUGGGUGACGACAGCCACUGGUUUCUCUGGGUACCAGCACCCCCAGUCCCUGUCGGCCAUUGGCACCAACACAGGGUCCAUUAGCAAUGCCCUCCCUCAUCCCAUCCAGGGCUCGCUGCCCCCCUACAGCCGUCUGGGCAUGCCCCUUACCCCGUCAGCCUUGGCCAGCUCCAUGCAGGGAAGUGGACCUACCUUCCCCUCUUUCCACAUGCCCAGGUACCAUCAUUACUUUCAACAAGGGCCUUACGCUGCAAUCCAGGGACUGCGCCACACCUCCACAGUGAUGACACCUUUCGUAUGACUGCCUCAAGGGGACGCCGAUUCUUGUUGUAAAUACACUGUUUAAAUGAUCAAUUAAAAGGUAAUAAAGCAAAGGAAAAAAUGGACCCAGAGGAAUUGGGACAAGCCUCAUGAAGAAGAAUAAGAAGUGCAUUUUCAGUCAAGGGGUUGUAUCAAUGUAAAAUGCCCUUCCCAAUGAUGUGGCAGAGAAGAAGCAUGGUAUUCUCGCGUGAGGAGAACAGAAGAAGCUCCUCUCACAGCCCAUUGGGAAGGUUGUGUGUCUUCACCCUGGAAAGCUCUUUGCUGCUCAUCAGGUCAUUUGAAGGACUUUUUUGUUGUCAGGCUCUUCUGUGUGUACGGUUAGAAAAAGCUAUAGAUUAAGUGUGCAUUUCAUUCGGAGUGGGAGGAUGACCUGCACCAAGAAUGGAACUAAGCCUUGGACAUACACUACCAGAGAGUCAGUAAACAGCUCUCCAAAGACAGACAAUAAGUGUUAUUGUACAGAGCCAACCUGUAAACUGAACUGAAGGAUUUAAACACAACAGGAAAGUCACUGGAAACAUUUGCAAAGCUUUGUCCUGAUGGGAACAAAAAAGAAGUUAGAUAACAUUAUAUAAUCAAAAAUGUUUUUUUGUUUGCUGCAGGAGAUUUGUAUAUAAGUAAUUUUGUUUAAAGUAAAAUGCACUACAGAGCACAUGCAGAAUUAUCAGGUAUCAGCCCAGGAUAAUGAGAAGCAUGUUCAAGCCUAAUGACCGAAGUACAAAUGUACCUUCACAUGUAAAUCAUUUGCAUUUCUGCUUCUGUAAGUAUUUUGAAUUUAGUUUUUUUUGUUGUUGUUCUCUCUUUUUUGUAUGAUGUGGAACUCUCACAAAGGCAGCAGUCACUUGUGCCAGCCUCAUAUUUCAUUGUAACAUUGUUAGGCUCAGGCCAGGUUUGCAGUAUGCACUUCACUGUCAGUCACUAUUUUAAGUACAAUUUCAGAUGGUCAAGUUCCAAGACUGGUCCUGCUACUCUUGUAUUGGUGGAGCUCUGGCAAUACCUGAAAAUGUCAAAAACAUCAACACUUUGCUCUGGACAUUUCCAGAGAACAAAAAAGACACACACCUAAGACUUUGUUGUUAAUUGAAUGAAGUCAGUGCAUGUCCAUUUUAUAUAUUGGGAUUAACAGACCCAAAUACACAAACUACUGUUGUGAUAUUGAAGGCAUAUGUUUUACCAUGCAAAUCAAGACAUUUUAUGUAAGGUUAGAUGUACAUAUUUGGGAGCUAGGCAACAGUGGCCUUGCAUCAGAGGUCUUAUAUAACAAAAAAAUAGGCAGACAGUGCAGUGAGGUUUGUUUGUGCAUGGGCCAUUUUCAUAAUCUUAUCCUAGGCAUGAAGCAGGAUAUGAAUCCUCUACAAAUAUAGUAUGAUCACAAGUAUUUGUGAUCCCCACCAACACAUUUUGUAAUUUUGGCAUUCUACCGAUGAUUCCUAGUCUAAAAGAAACACUUUUUGCCAGAUAUUGAAAAGGAUACUUCAGUCUAAAUGUCUGAGUGCCAGGCUAAUACGUUUCAUUAGUGAUGCUCAGAAGUGCAGAUCUCUUGAACUAACAAUCAGGGCAGUAAGGACUCUUUACUGUAUCAGACUCUGGUGACCACUUUUGUAAUAUAUAUCUGGUCAUAAGAGUAAGACAAUUGAUUGUUGUACAGUACAAAUGCACUUUCUGGGUAUAUUAUGAAGAUGAAAAUGUACAUUAUUUCAUUAUUCACCCCCCCUACCUCCCCUCAAGAAACAGGAUACUAAAAGUAUAUUGACAAUUUAUACCACCAUGCUUUUCAUAAGGGAUGUUCUGCACAAAUUUCUUCUCUGUAGUUUCUGACUUUUAUUGUGCUGCAUUACAAUUAUUUCAUUUCAAAGAAAUCUUUUUUCCUACUUUUAAAACACAUGAAAGAUAGACACACGCUGAUGUGGGACACCAGAAAAAAGUUAGACACACAGAUUAAUGUUAUACCUCUCAAAUGGAAUGUACAGUACCAUGGUUGUUCUGCAAAAUCACUGUUUCACCAAAUUUGUGUGUGAGCACAUUCACCGUGUUUAGAUAUACAGUAGAGUAUGGCAAGCCAAAUUAUCAUUCAGAGAUAUCUAAAUAUUUUAAGAUAUCUCUAAAUCAUUUCCAGAUAUCUAAAAUAUUUGAAGAUAUUUCUAGAUAUUUCUACAAAUUACAUAUAUUUCCCUAUCAGUUUAAGAUAUCAAAAAUAGAUAUAGAGUUUUCCAGAUAUCUUAAAAUAGAUCAAUAAUAUAUCUCUAAUUAAUUUGAAGAUAUAUGUAAAUCAAUUAGAAAUAUCUAAAAAAUGAAAUAACGAUAUCUCAAAUUGAUUUAUAGAUAUCUUUAAAUAAUAUGUAGAUAUCUGUAAACCAUGGAGAUUUUGCUAGCAUGGUAUGCAAAACUGUUAUUUAGAGAUAUCUUUAAAUGAACAGGAAGUCAUUUACAGUUAUCUCCAAAUUAUUUCUUGUGGAAAUGCUCUAUGUUUUGAACAGACUUCCUGUCCAUUUAGAGAUAUAUUUAAAUGAGCAGGAAGUUAUUUAGAGAUAUCUUAAAAUGAUUUAGAGAUAUCUCUAAAUAGACAGGAAGUUAUUUUUGAGAUAUCUUAAAACAAUUUAGAGACAGUGGCACUGGAACAAUUUUUAAAGUAGAGGUGCUGAAAGCCAUUGAACAAAACUGUAACCCCUGUAUAUGAUGGAAGCCACGCAAAGCUACUGCUGCACCCCCUGUGCAUUUUAAGUGCAUUUUAAGAUAUCUCUAAAUAAUAAUUUGCCAUUCCAUGCUUGCAAAAUCCACAUGUUUACAGAUACCUACAUAUUAUUUAAAGAUAUCUAUAAAUCAAUUUGAUAUAUCUUUAUUUCAUUUUUAGAUAUCUCUAAAUGAUUUACAGCUAUCUUUAAAUCAAUUUUAGAUAUCUUAAAAACAGCACAAUACAAAUGUUUUAAAGAUCUCUGUAAUUCAAUUUCUUAAUGUUUUACAGAUAUCUUUAAAUAUUUUAAGAUUUCUUAAAUUGCAUUUUAAGAUAUCUCUAAAUGAUAAUUUGGCUUGCCAUAGAUGAGUAUCAUGUAUUCUGUAAAAUAUAUUUAGAAUUAUGAGAUUUUUUUUAAAGUGCAAUAUAUUUAUUUCUGCUCUAAAUUGAUAAACUAAUUGUUAUGUAAUAUUUGAAGCAUUAAACGAAUAAAUGUUAUUUGUAAGCAACAAAA